GCGGCCGGACGAUGAGCGCGCGCUAGAGGAUGAAGGAUGGUCGCGCGGGUGAAUGUGCGCGCAUGGCCCGAUGCUCAGACCGCGGGGGUGUCGCCGUGGAGGGGAACCGCGACCGGGACCAGGAGGAGCACCGGGAGGUUCUGUCCGUGCACGAGGUGCUGCGUUCGUACGAGCAGCCGCUGAAUGAGGAGCAGGCCUGGGCCGUGUGUUACCAGUGCUGCAGGGGGGCGCGCCAUCACCCCGCCCGGUACCGAGCAGACGGACCCGAGUCCAUCCUGCUGCACCGGGACGGUACCGUCACCCUGCGCUCCAGAACCCACAUCCGGACCCACAGCGGAACCCUCACCUGUCCAGACGAUGGAGACGCUGGAGCUUUACCGGCCGUCCAGGAGAGCCAGUUGGUGCAGACCAUGGGCGUGGCCAUCUACCGGGCUCUGGACUGGGGCCUGGCCGAGAGUGAGGAGCGCGAGCUGAGCCCACAGCUGGAGCGGCUGAUCGAACGCAUGGUGGCGGGUGAGGAUGGCGAGUCGGGUGAAUGUGGCACCGCGGUGAAGGAUGAGGGGUACAGCGGCCCCGAGGAUGAAGAUGAGGAGGAGGAGGAGGAUGAGGAGAGGAGCAGGCGUGCAGUACGCACUCUACACCAGGUGAUGGCGCUGUGUGCCAGGAGGCUGGCGGAUCCGGCGGUGGCGGCGGAACAUUACCAGUCCGUGUGCAGGGCGCUGUUCCUCGAGACUCUGGAGCUUCAGACCUUCCUCAGCAGGAUCAGAGAUGCCAAGGAGAUGCUGAAGAAGAUCAGAACUGAAGAAUCACAGAAGGAACAAUUUGCUGCUGAACUAGACAACCUUAAACACACUGACUGGGCUCGUCUGUGGGUACAGUUGAUGAAGGAACUUCGGCGGGGGGUGAAGCUGAAGAAGGUGGAGCAGCAGAUCUUUAAUCCUCUACCCACAGAGUUCAGCCUCACACCCUUCGAGAUGCUCAUGCAGGACAUCAGGUGUCGCAGAUACACACUCCGUAAAGUCAUGGUGGAUGGUGAUAUUCCUACUCGACUGAAGCAGAAUGCACAUGAACUCAUCCUGGACUUCAUCAGAUCCAGACCUCCUCUAAAACCUGUUUCGGAGCGCAGUCUCCCCCCUCCCCCGCAGGUGCAGCAGUCUCUACACGACCGAGUUUUAGCCGAAAUUCGUCAGGAACAUAAACUCCGACCAGUGGAGAGACGGAGAUCUGGGAGACCGUUCGGCUCUUUGCCCUGUCUGGCUCAUGCCUGUCACUGUGACCUCAAAUCUACUUCCUGUAUUGACCUGUCAGUCACGGACGUCGGGCCCCGGCCCCUGUCCCGGCCCCGGGUGCUGCUGAAGGCCCCCACACUGGCUGAGAUGGAGGAGAUGAGCUUGUUGGAGGACGAGGACUCUCCUGACGGUGGUGAGUGUGUGGAGAACAUGAUGAAGAGAGAUCGCUCGUUUUCAGAACACGACCUCGCCGAGUUCCUGGAGAGCAGCAGCUCAGUGUGUGUGCGCAGAGACCGACCGCGUUCAUACACACACACUGGAACCACACACCGAGCCUCCCUCCCUGUGAUUGGCUGGGUUCCGCCACCCUCCGCGCGUCCUCUCAGUCAGGUGGAGGAGAUCAGCGAGGCGUCGGGACCUUCAAAAAGCUUCAGCACCAGUCAGUGGAUGGAGUUCAGUCACCCGGUGGAGAGUCUGGCUCUGACCCUGGACGAGCUGAUCAGUGUGAGACGGGUGCUGGUGAGGGCCGAGAUGGAGAAAUUCCUCCAGAGUAAAGAGCUUUAUAACAACCUGAGGAAGGGCAAGGUGUGUUGUUGUUGUAGGGUGAAGUUUCCUCUGUUUUCGUGGCCCUCCACCUGUUUGCUGUGUAAGAGGUCUGUGUGCGGGUCCUGCAGUGCGAAGAUGAAGAUGCCUUCUAAGAAGUUAGCUCACAUCCCCGUCUACACACUGGGGUUCCACAGCAGCCCGAGGAGCCACACCCAGCGCAGUGAUGUCUACAAGUCCAUGCGCUCCCUGGCGCGGUGUGCAGUAGAAGAAGAGUUCCCGUACCUCUACGCCGCCGGCUGCUCUCUCAGAGACGUCUGCGCCGAGUGCACCAGGUUCAUCGCCGACGUGGUUUCAUCCAGCCGCCGCAGCCUGGACUUCAUCAACAACACGCCCAAACGGGAGAGGCCACGCCCAUCCCUGAACCACGCCCCUCACUGCACUCACACACCCUCCGGCGGUGGAGCUGUCUAACACACUGACUGACCGGACCUGUGAUUGGUCGUGCCUUGCUGGACUGCUCCCCUAGCCAUGCCCCUUUGCUCAUAAGCCCCGCCCAGUUCAUGGGUGGUCUGGACUAUGUUCCUGCUGUAGCGGUGUUGCUGGACUGACCGAGUCAGACUGAUGUGGUGCUCUGAACGUGCUGCUGGUCUGUAAGCUGCUACCCCAUCGACUUCACCCCCAAAGGUUCGGAUCCCCUUCCUGAUGGACUCCAGUACUGACUGAGGGGGCGUGACCGCUGGCACAGAGAUUCAAAACACCACAGCAUUUACGACACAAACGAAAGUAAACGACACGACGUUACAGUUACAGAUGUGUAGUAUAUCUCCGACCACUAGAGAGUGCUGCAGGAUAAACCAGGUCCCUUUAAAUCAUGUAUCACAUGUUCUCUGGUGUACAUAGAGGUGAUGUAGAACUCUUCUACAUAAAGGAAGAGGAAGUGCUUCUCAGUGAUUGGUCUCGGCAUGCGUGAAUCAAACGAGGGGGCGGGACUAAGCAUUAAUUAUCGUUUCCUUUGUAACGAGCUAAUUAACGAAGCCUUUCUAAACC